CCUGCACCUGCACCUUCACCUGCACCUGCCGGGGAGGACAAAAAGUGGAGAAAGGACGAGCAUCUCACUUCCUCGCGCCUUCCAUCCUCCCUUCCACUCUUCGCGGCGGCCAAUGUGCACGUGCGCCAGCUGCAUCGCCAGAAACAGAAACACCACGCCACAACACAACACGCUCGCAUCCCAUAUUGCGCUGCCAGUUGCGCCUUCCCACGCUCGGCGAUCGUCCCAGCGACACCCAGCGCCUUCCUUUCCCUUCCCUUCCCUUCCCGGGUUGUGCACAAGAGGCACCUGCCCGGAAUCCCGUCCUCUUCCACUCCACUUCCUCUUCUGUCCACUUCGAUGCCUCAUAAACUUGACGCAACGAUCCUCUGCCACAGCCAAAUGACCUGACCGAGCACUGAAUAAGAAAGGAAAAACAAAAGCAAGGACGCUAGAAUUGCAGACGCCUUCGUUCUUUCAGCCUCCUGCUGCUCGUGUUCUAACUUUCAGAUUCACUUCACGUUACAUUGAUCCUCUCCCGCAGUAAAGAGAGCCAGACGAACCCUCGAGUAACAUCACUAGGCCCUUCUUGUCUAUCGCCUUUAUCCUGAUCGCAGCCACAGCUUCACACCCUAACGCUCCGCGACCAUUUGGUGGCGACGCCUCUUUCUCUCUGUAUAUCCAUCUUAAGCCCCUCCCUCUUCCAUCCCUUCGUUUCUUCCUUCACCCCUCUUUUUCUCUCCAUCAAUGCCGUCGUCACCGCCACAGCAAGCACCAGGUCUUCUUCCUACCAAUUAGAGAAAUACUUUCGAGUAACGGCGUUGGUUUCAACCUGGACUGAGCGGUCUACCACCCGUCUGUCCAUGUCGUGAUACUAUUUGCCAUUCUCUGCCUAUUUUUACUCCGUGCUCACAAUCUAUUCUGCAGCGUCUAGCUUUCGCGAGCCACGGAUCGUUCGAAGUGUUGCUGCCAUAAUCAUGGCGCAUGCCACGAGAAAAAAGAGCGCAGACGAGCCUGGUCUUCAAGUCAUUUGCUUGGGUUCUGGAGGAGGACCAAACGAAGAUAAUGUGACAGGGUUUCUGGUCCGUUCGACGGCAUGUGAUUGGCAGCAGCGCAAUGGCGUUCUUGCUGUGGAUGCAGGAACCCAUCUCUCUGCAAUCUGCCGUAUACUGCUGGAGCACUUCCCGCUUGUUGCGGAUCCGAGCCCUCGAGACCGCGGAAGCACAAAAAGUCCCGCCGCCAGUCCAAGCGGAGACGUGCUCUCGGAGGAGAAUGACGAGUCGAGCACCACAUCCGAGCGCUCGCCAUCUCCUGAGCUCACCACAAUCCAAAGCGGCCCUUUUCAAGGCGCAACAUUCCCUCAUCGUUCGGCAAGAGCCAACGCUGUUCAUUUCGUCAGAGAACAUGUCGACUCCUACCUCAUAACCCACCCUCAUCUCGAUCAUAUUGCCGGCUUCGCGAUGAACACUGCUGCAUUUCACAACACAUCGCGGCCGAAGAAGCUCGCCGCACUUCCAUUCACCGUCAACUCCAUCAAGCAGCAUGUCUUCAACGACAUUAUAUGGCCAAACUUGACUGACGAAGACGAUGGAGUUGGGUUCGUGACUUUCCAACGUCUAGCAGAGGGCGGAAAUCUCGCACUUGGGGAAGGACACUCGCGAGGAUUUAUCGAAGUUUGCAACGGUCUUGCGGUGAAGGGUUUCAAGGUUUCACAUGGAACAUGUGCAUCAGCGCCAAAGUCUGAUAGACGUGGGAGCCGGGAGACCAUAGAGAGGCAAACGCAAGUGAAUCAGGGCUCACAUACACCACAUCAUGUACACCAUUCCCAUAAUAGAUCAGUGAACCACUCGCAUAACACGGCUGCCAACAAAGUUGAAGGCUCCGGUAUCUCAGAUGGCGGUCGCCGAUCGAGCGUGUUCAGUCAGCAAUCACAACCAGGGACGCCCACAUUCUUCACCGGGCAGGACCCUAUUGCCCAGCCAGUAGUCGAUAGCUCCGCCUACUUCAUUCGCGCUGAGCAUUCAGGGCGUGAGAUCCUGAUAUUCGGUGACGUCGAGCCAGACUCGAUCUCAUUAUCACCUAGGACACAUAUUGUCUGGGCGGAGGCCGCGCCAAAGAUCGCUGCUGGUCUGCUUUCGGGCAUCUUCAUCGAGUGUUCGUACGACGACUCGCAGUCAGACAGCAUCUUGUUUGGACACCUGGCACCACGUCACCUCAUUGCGGAACUUCAGACCUUAGCAGAUAUGGUUGCAGAGCGAAGGCGGGAGCUUAACGAGAAGAUAGGCAAGAAGCGUAAGAGAUUCAGUUCGCAUACGGCGGGUCGACCAAGGCCGAAUAAGGACGGUAGUGCAGCGAACACGCCGACCAGCGAUGAUCUUAUGCAUGACAUUAUCCAUCAAGAGGAUAUCCUCCCACUGCCGACUCCAACCAGCGCAAAGGUGCCGGUCACCCCCUUGAAGGAUAUCGAGCCACCACUCAAAGGUGUUAAGGUGAUAAUCAUCCACGUCAAAGAUUCGAUGACGGAUGGACCACUAGCCGGUGACUUGAUCAUGCGCGAUUUGAAGGCGCAUGAGCAACGGCUCAGUGACCAGGGUAAACCGUUAGGCUGUACCUUUGAGAUCAGCAAGAGCGGUGAUAGUUACUUCCUAUAGCAUCCUGGAUUAAAUCUCUUUGUAAGCUUUUCAACAUCAUUGCACUUAUGUAUGAGCGAGGAUCGGUCUGGUGCGUUUCGGCUAUUUCCUGAAAGAGACUUCCUUCUUUCGCACUACACGCAGAGAGAUGUAUAUCUGUGCAUGGAAGUCGUGGCAAUUUGAUGCGUGGACGUCUUAUGACCAAUCUAAGCUCUCAAACAUGGCUUGUAAAUUUUGCGUCAUAAUGUGUUACUUUUCACCCAAGACGAAUAUUUAUGAAGAGCUUAACAUUAAAUUAUACGGGCUGAAAAUCGAAGCCUACAUGCCCUUGUGCACAAGCUUGGUAUUACGUAUCCUUCAGGUAUC